ACACUUUGCCGCAGUCUACGCUAGUCUCUGCAGCUCACAAAGGCCUGCUAGUUUUGACAUGCGCUCGCUGUCCUCCCCUUCUCCAUGAAUUCUCGAUACCAUUCCCACUUUGUGCUACCCUGAUCCGGCACCGAAUCCUCCAUCGCCGACGAUGCGCUCGUGCGCCUUUCCCAUUCUUAUCCCUUGCCGCCCAACUCGACCUCGCCCUCGACCUCGCCGUACCAGCCCGCUCAUCCCGUUCAAGCCCCGUUCUCCUUGUUGCAAACAACAUAUCGUGGCUCAUGAACCGCCCGACCGUCCCAUCGACGUUACUUCACCAACCUCCCCGCGCUGGGUACAUCAAUGCGAAGGGUUUGAGCGCGCCGCCUCGUUUCGAGACCAGAUCGUGCGUCGGGGCCACAGCAUUGCGAUCGAAGACGGAGAGCGUUCUUUGCGCUGCGUGCGCUCGACGCCGACGCCGACGGACCACAACGUGGACCGUGAUUCGACGCAAUGGACAGGGAGUGCGGGGAGACAUCUCGAACGACCGCGCGUCGGGGCCACGCCAUUGCGAUCCAAGACGGAGAGCGUUCCUUGCGCUGCGUGCGCUCGACAUCGACGCCGACGGACCGCAACGUGGACCGUGAUUCGGCGCGAUGGACGGGGAGUGCGGGGAGACAUCUCGAACGCAUGAUCUGUGCACUCAAUUGCCCCAUUCGCGUCGAGGAUGCCAUCACCCUCGUGAGACGUGUGGAUGGCCGGAGCGUAUCGAGACGCAGGCGAGGUGUUGGCUACGUGGAUACUGUAAUUGACGAGGUGCGCUGCGAGAGACGGCCAAGACCGGUGGUCAUCG